AUGGAAUUUCUUGGAACCAUUCAGACAGCGAGUUACUGUGGCUCCAAGAAAGACUGUGGCUUGCAGUGGCCGCCCCCUGCUGGGCAGGACCCUGAGGUACAGGCGUGCUACCAAUCUUUUCACCUGCCCAGGUGCCGCUCUGCGUGGAGACCCAGAGUCUUCUACAAUAUCACCACCACCCAGAAAAGCCAGGAGGAUAGCGCAGGUGACCGGGGACUGUCCACAAUUCUGCCCUCGCUCCACUCCCCGCACUCCAAUCGUUAUACCCAACGCGAAUGGGCCCGCUCUAAUGAUCUGCUGAUCUGUAAUGCAGAGGCAUCGCGGCUCCGCGCCAGCAGGCUGACAGACGACUCCUUGAGGAUCAUGCAGGAUAAGGAGCAGCUGACACGCCAGAUGCAAGAGGGAACCUUCCGGAACCUGGGCCAGAGGCUCUCCGACAUCCGCUUCUGGAAGUCCGGGUUGUGCCAUGAGCGGGACAUGCUUAUGGCGGAGAUCAACCGCAUGAAAACCCUCAAGAUGCGCUUGGAGUGCGCCGCUAAGGAGGUGAACUGUCCCCUGCAGGUGGCCCUGGACUGUCUGUACAGUCAGGAGAAAAGGAUCGGGAUUAACCUGGUCCAUGACAACGUGGAGAAAAACCUCCUCCGGCAAGCAGAUUUACUAAAAUGUUGCCAAGAUCAGAUGAGAAAAUUAGCUAAACUAAUUGAUUCCCAGAUGCAAGAUAAUCGAGAUGCUCAACAUGUUCUAGAGCAAGACAUCGCGGACAAGAGCACUGCACAGUCUAUUGACGAGAGAUGCUUAAACUUAAAAAACACAUCUGAAUCCAUUAACUUCUUCCGUGGCAUGGAGAACUUUGACGAAAUGGUCUCCGUUCCUGAAACCUGGGCCGUGUUCAGCAAUAACAACAUCAGACACGCUCAGACUAUGCGGGCCAAGUCUGUCCAGCUGCGGGAGGAAGCAGAGCACCUAUUUGAGACCUUGACAGCCCAGGUGUGGAGGCAGUUUACCAACAUCAACCUGGCCUACCAGUCUGCCCAACCUGGAGUUCUACAGGGGUGUGGCAAACACCAAAUAAGACCCAGCAGCUGCAGAGCAGUCUACUAG